CAUGUUACUGAGCGGAGCUCCUCCGGCGGGCUCCGGCCCCGGGCCGCGGGCGCAGGGCAGCGCGGGGGGCGGCCCGGGGGGGUCGCGCCGGGGCGCCGGGGGUGCUGGAGCCGGCCCAGGAGGGGGCAGCAGUGGCGGAGUAGCCAAGUGGCUCCGGGAGCACCUGGGCUUCCGCGGGGGGAGCGGCGGCGGAGGUGGGGGCAAGCCGGCGCCCCCCGAGCCAGACUACCGCCCCCCUGCGCCCUCCCCGGCCGCGCCCCCCGCGCCACCGCCGGACAUCCUGGCCGCCUACCGGCUGCAGAGGGAGCGCGACUUCGAAGACCCCUACUCCGGGGGGCCGUCCGGCUCCGCUGCCCUAGCCACCCCCGCCGUCCCCGGCCCUACACCGCCCCCGCGCCACGGCUCGCCCCCCCACCGCCUUAUUCGGGUCGAGACCCCUGGCCCCCCAGCGCCCCCUCCCGAGGAGCGGAUCUCUGGACCUCCCGCCAGCAGCGACAGGUUGGCAAUCCUAGAAGACUAUGCGGACCCGUUUGAUGUUCAGGAGACUGGUGAAGGCCCAGCAGGAGCUUCAGGAGCCCCAGAGAAGGUCCUCGAAAAUGAUGGCUACAUGGAGCCCUAUGAGGCCCAAAAGAUGAUGGCUGAGAUCCGGGGGUCCAAGGAGCCAGCAGCUCAGCCCCUGCCUCUGUACGACACACCCUAUGAGCCAGAGGAGGAGGAGGCCACCCCGGAGGGUGAGGGGCCCCCCUGGCCCCGGGAGUCCCGCCUGCCUGAGGAUGACGAGAGGCCCCCUGAGGAGUAUGACCAACCUUGGGAGUGGAAGAAGGAGCGGAUUUCCAAAGCCUUUGCAGUUGACAUUAAGGUCAUCAAAGACCUACCUUGGCCUCCGCCUGUGGGACAGCUGGACAGCAGCCCCUCCCUGCCUGAUGGGGACAGGGACAUCUCCGGUCCAGCCUCACCCCUCCCUGAGCCCAGCCUGGAGGACGGCAGCGCCCAGUUUGAAGGAUCUGAGAAGAGCUGCCUGUCACCUGGCCGGGAGGAGAAGGGGCGGCUACCUCCCCGACUCUCUGCAGGGAACCCCAAGUCAGCCAAGCCCCUAAGCGUGGAGCCCAGCAGCCCCCUGGGGGAGUGGACAGACCCAGCACUGCCUCUGGAAAACCAGGUCUGGUACCACGGGGCCAUCAGUCGAACAGAUGCAGAGAACCUGCUCCGGCUGUGCAAAGAGGCCAGCUACCUGGUGCGCAACAGUGAGACCAGCAAGAAUGACUUCUCCUUGUCCCUCAAGAGCAGUCAGGGCUUCAUGCACAUGAAGCUGUCCCGGACCAAGGAACACAAGUACGUGCUUGGCCAGAACAGCCCGCCCUUCAGCAGCGUCCCUGAAAUCGUGCACCACUACGCCAGCCGCAAACUGCCCAUUAAGGGGGCCGAGCACAUGUCCCUGCUCUACCCCGUGGCCAUCCGGACUCUGUAGAUGUGAGGCCCAGGCGCUGUGACAAAUCUGGACCCAGCUCUGUGCCCGUCCCGAGGCUGAGGACUGUGGCCCUUCCGGGGGACGUGAUCUCCCAAACCUUUCUUCCGCUCUCCCUGGGAUCGAGUGGAAGCUGGAGAUUCCUUAAUUUAUUCUAGAAGGGAAGGGCACCUGGCGGCUUGGAGUAAGAGGUUUUCUGGAGCUGCGGAUAGAGGAAUCCCUGGGGAGAAAAGAGAGCCCCUCGAGGAAGGGGCUUCAGAACCGCUGGUCUCCUGAGGAGUUUACGCUCGGCAGCUCCAGCCCCUUUCCGCCCCCGGGGCAGAGGUGGCGACCCCCUUCCCCACCAUCCUCUUCCCCUGGGUCAGUGCGGGGUGGAGCAGGGCGCGGGCCCGCGGGGCGCCCUGACCAUCUCUCCGCCUCCACCCCGGAACCCCUGGCGGGCUCCGCCCAGAGUCCGGUGGGAGGCUUGGGGAAGGCAGACCCCUGGGAUGGAGGCGGCACUGGGGUGGGGAGAGGGGGGAAGGGCUGAGCCGGAGUAAACUUGUGCAGGUCCCGGGCCGCCCCGGCUCCCGGCCAGAGGCAAUAAAUAAACCCCGUCCUGCCAGGCACAGCCGCGUCCGCGCCUCCAGCUCCGCUCCCCCGGGCUGCCAGGGGAGGGAGCGGCGAAGCGAGCACAGAUUCUGUUUAUAAAUCAGCUCGGGAGCAGGCACAGGCCGGCUGUGAAAAGC